CAGAACAGGCAGCACCCAAGUAAGCACCGAGUUAGAACCAUGGCGAAGGCAAGCUGCGUGAUGACGAGCGACGAGGAGGGGCUUACUGGAUCUCUGAUGCUUUCACAGGCCCAGGAGGAAGCCCCCACCAUCAUUUCGGGAGAGAUCGCAGGCAUGAGGCCGGGCCGACACGGCAUCCGCGUGCACGUUUUUGGGGACUUUUCCGAGGGUUUGGUAAGUGCGGGAGGCAUCUUCAACCCGUUCAGCAAGAAUCACGGCGCUCCGGACGACGAGGACCGAAUGGUGGGGGACUUGGGGAACAUAGACGCGGACGAUGCUGGCGUGUGCAAGGUGCACUUGGAAGACCGAAUGGUGAGGCUUAUCGGGCCCCACUCUAUCAUCGGGCGGUCUAUCAUCAUCACUGCAGGGGAAGAUGACCUUGGCCGGGGGGGCCACGAGUUGUUUUUCACAACGGGUAACGCGGGAGCCAGGGUGUGGGGGGGCGUGGUGGGCAUUGCGGCUUCCAAGUAGACAGACAAGGAUGGAAGAAGCGAAAGGAAUGCCUCACAAGUUUUUCAUAUUUGGGGGGGGGGGGGGGGGAAUAGCAGGCUAGCAAACCGGAGGAGAGGACGGCGCUCUAGAUAUGGACGGGUCGUCAAUACGACUGCCCAAAAAUGAGGAAGAGAAGGUGCCGGAGGUCUUCAAGGUCCUGUUGUAUGAUCCAUGACGACCACCGUCGCAUGAUGGCUGUCGGGUGCCAGCCUUCGUCACAGGGACUGGAAUUGUCGUGGCAGGUUGUGGCGAGCACCGCAGUUGGCCUGGGCAGUCGCAUUGGACCCGUCCGGGCCGUGGUUGUUUUUUGGGGGCGGUUUCGCUUCCUGAUAGUCCAGCACUGAACGAAAAUGCCAGUAUUGACCCCCGCCCCCCACUCCCCUCGGCCUGGCCGCUCUGAGUUGUUGUGCGUGCCACGAGGUACAUACGUGAGUUGUGGUGUAUGCAUACGUGUUGGUGACUCUUGCUUGUUCGCUACACUUGUAGCGAUAAUGUUCCCCACCGCUUGUACCGGUGAUUGUGUCCCGUGAGGAGGGGGGGUUGGUGGUCGAGCCCUAUUGCGCCGCUCGUGGCUGCAUGCACCUACGGGUAGUGCAGGUGUUCGCGAGAGUGCACCGAGACCGGGCCCUUGCGACGGGGAAGUUUUGGUUUAAACGAGUCGUUCAGCAUGUAGACCCGAUCAAAUCCUCCCCCACACGAUAUGUCGAUGGUUUUUCGUGUGCGAAGGGUGCCCUGGGCGUUCUAUGCACAUUAAACCUUUAUAACCCACGAGAAGCGCACGAGAUUCGCGGUGGGUGGUAUGCCUAGCCGCCAUUCUUUGACAACGGUUUACCAUUUACUACUCUGCUGUGGUACGCCCGCCACAGUAGUGGGCGGUAAUGAAAUUGUAAGGGAGUGUCGCGCAGACCCCAAUGUGGUUCAGACAUGUUUGCGUUUGGCUCCCUCGCACCUGCCUGUUGAGGCCUUGCCUC